UUCUUGCGGAAGAACCUAAAAGCAUUUAAAGUUUGCAGAAUGAAAAGAUGGCACAGGCAAUGCUGGUACCACCAGGAUCUGACAGCUUCUUCUAUUUCACCAAAGAAUCUCUUGCAGCUAUUGAAAAACGUAUUGCUGAUGAAAAGUCUCAUGGUGACAAAGAUGAGCAUAAAGAUAAUGAAGAAGAUCACCCAAAGCCAAGUAAUGACUUGGAGGCUGGAAAGACACUGCCAUUUAUUUACGGUGAUAUUCCUCCAGGAAUGGUGUCUGAGCCCCUGGAGGACCUGGAUCCAUAUUAUAUCAAUAAAAAAACAUUUAUAGUAUUGAAUAAAGGGAAGACAAUCUUCAGGUUCAGUGCCACACCUGCCUUGUACCUUUUAUCUCCUUUCAAUAUUAUUAGAAGAAUAGCUAUUAAGAUUUUGGUUCAUUCGUUGUUCAGCAUGCUCAUUAUGCUCACUAUUUUGACAAACUGUGUAUUUAUGACCUGGACUAACCUUCCAGACUGGACAAAGAAUGUAGAGUACACAUUCACUGGAAUUUAUACUUUUGAAUUUCUGGUAAAAAUCCUUGCAAGAGGCUUCUGUAUAAAUGAUUUUACAUGCCUUCGUGACCCCUGGAACUGGCUUGAUUUUGUUGUCAUUUCCUUUGCGUAUAUAACAGAAUUUGUAAACCUAGGCAAUGUUUCAGCUCUUCGAACUUUCAGAGUAUUGAGAGCUUUGAAAACUAUUUCUGUAAUCCCAGGCUUGAAGACUAUUGUUGGAGCCUUAAUUCAGUCUGUGAAGAAGCUCUCAGAUGUAAUGAUUUUGACUGUGUUUUGCCUGAGUGUAUUUGCACUAAUCGGACUGCAGCUGUUCAUGGGCAAUUUGAAGAAUAAAUGCUUAUUAUGGCCAUCAGAAAAUUCAACGUUUUUUGAAAAAUACCUAGCUCCGUACUUUAAUGGUACGGAGUUUGAUUGGAAGGCAUACAUUGAGAAUGAAAGUCAUUUCUAUCGUAUAGAAGGACAAAAGGAUUAUCUGCUUUGUGGCAAUAGCUCAGAUGCAGGUAAAUGUCCAGAAGAGUUUAUCUGUGUCAAAGCUGGUAGAAACCCCAACUAUGGAUAUACUAGCUUUGACACAUUCAGUUGGGCUUUCUUGUCACUGUUUCGACUGAUGACACAGGACUACUGGGAAAAUCUUUAUCAGCUGACGCUACGAGCUGUUGGCAAAACAUACAUGAUAUUUUUUGUUCUGGUCAUUUUUCUGGGUUCCUUCUAUUUGAUUAACUUGAUUUUGGCUGUGGUUGCCAUGGCCUAUGAAGAACAAAAUCAAGCAACUAUGGUUGAAGCAGAACAGAGGGAGGCAGACUUGCAGCAGAUGCUUGAACAGCUGAGGAAGCAGCAAGAAGAAGCUCAGGCAAUAGCAGCAGCUGCGGCAGAGAUGACUGAGUACAGUGGUGAAAGUGGGAUUGGUGGACCCUCAGAUAGUUCUUCAGAAGCAUCCAAGCUUAGCUCGAAAAGUGCCAAAGAAAGGAGAAACAGAAGGAAGAAAAGAAGGCAGAGGGAACUCUCUGGAGAAGAGGAUGACAUGAAGGAUGAAAAGCUUCCCAAAUCUGAAUCGGAUGGCAGUAUCAGAAGGAAAGGUUUCCGUUUUUCUUUCGAUGGGAACAGACUUGCUUAUGGGAAGCCAUUCACGUCACCCCACCAGUCUUUACUGAGUGUUCGUGGCUCCUUGUUUUCUCCCAGACGUAGUAGCAGAACAAGUCUUUUCAGUUUUAGAGAAUACGGAAGAGAGAUAGGAUCAGAAAAUGACUUUGCUGAUGAUGAGCACAGCACGUUUGAGGAUAACGGAAGCAGAAGAGGUUCUCUCUUUUUGCCACGCAGACAUGGUGAACGGCGCAGUAGUAACAUAAGUCAGACCAGUAGGUCAUCAAGAAGGCCAACAGUGUUUCCAGUGAAUGGAAAGAUGCAUAGCACUGUGGAUUGCAAUGGAGUGGUUUCCUUAGUGGAUGGACCGUCAGGUCUUUUGUCUCCUACUGGACAGCUUCUGCCAGAGGUGAUAAUAGAUAAACCGACAACUGAUGACAAUAGCACUACUACAGAAAUAGAAAUAAAAAAGAGGCGUACAAGUUCAUAUCAAAUACCAAUGGAGCUGCUGGAGGAUCCCGAUUUAAGGCAGAGAGCCAUGAGUAUAGCUGGCAUUAUCACAAAUACAAUGGAAGAACUUGAAGAAUCCAGACAAAAAUGUCCACCUUGCUGGUAUAAGUUUGCCCACACUUUCUUAAUUUGGAAUUGUUGGGAGCCCUGGUUAAAAGUAAAGAAUGUAGUUGAAUUUAUUGUAAUGGAUCCACUUGUUGAUCUGGCUAUCACUGUUUGUAUAAUUUUAAAUACACUGUUUAUGGCCAUGGAACAUUAUCCAAUGACUGACGAUUUCAAUAAUGUACUUAAAAUAGGAAAUCAGGUUUUUACUGCAAUAUUUGCAGCAGAAAUGGUUCUCAAGAUAAUUGCCAUGCAUCCUUUUUAUUAUUUCCAAGUUGGCUGGAAUAUUUUUGAUAGUUUUAUAGUUACCCUCAGUGUGGUGGAGCUUUUUCUGUCAAAUGUGGAUGGAUUAUCUGUUCUCCGAUCAUUCAGAUUGUUGCGAGUUUUCAAAUUGGCAAAAUCUUGGCCAACUCUAAAUAUGCUGAUAAAAAUUAUUGGCAACUCAGUGGGGGCUUUGGGAAAUCUGACCCUGGUGCUGGCCAUCAUUGUGUUCAUUUUUGCUGUGGUUGGGAUGCAGCUGUUUGGGAAAAGCUACAAGGAAUGUGUCUGCAAGAUUUCUAGCGACUGUGAACUUCCACGCUGGCACAUGCAUGACUUUUUCCACUCUUUCCUAAUUGUGUUUCGAGUGUUGUGUGGAGAAUGGAUAGAAACGAUGUGGGACUGCAUGGAGGUUGCAGGCCAACCCAUGUGCCUUACUGUCUUCAUGAUGGUCAUGGUGAUUGGAAACCUAGUGGUAUUGAACCUUUUUCUGGCCUUGCUGCUGAGUUCAUUUAGUUCAGACAGCCUUUCUCCUACAGAGGAUGAUAAUGAAAUGAACAACUUACAGAUUGCUGUUGCAAGAAUUCAGAAGGGAAUAGAUUAUGUGAAGAAAAAAGCAGGUGAAUGUGUCCAAAAGUCUUGUUGGGGGAAACAAGCUAUUGUAAAUCAAAGAACAGCAACAGAUCAGUUGAAUGGUGAGAGAGACCAUUGCAUUUCCAACUGUACCAUCGCUGAAAUAAGGAUAGAUGCGAAUUAUCACAAAACUGAGAAUGGAAUGGCCACUGUUGUAGGUGGCAGUGAUUUUACAUCAUUCAUAAACAACCCAAGCCUUACUGUUACAGUACCAAUAGCUGUUGGAGAAUCUGAUUUUGAACAUCUAAAUACGGAAGAGUUUAGCAGUGACUCAGAUUUGGAGGAGAGCAAGGAGGAGUAAAAUCAAGCUGGAUCAGUCAAGAAUGCAGAUCUGGUGCUUUUUAACCAGGCAGAGCAACGUGUCAGCACAUUUACACAG